AUGGCUUGCAAGAUCGACCUAACGCUCGAGAACGGCCACAAAAUGCCGGCACUUGGCUUCGGAACCUGGCGGGCUCCGGACGAUGAGGUGGAGAAAGCGCUGAACGAGGCACUAGAGGCGGGCUAUCGGCACAUCGACUGUGCACCGGUCUAUCUGAACGAGCCAACGAUCGGUCGAGUGCUGCGCCAGUGGAUCGAUAGUGGACGGGUGACGCGCGAAGAGCUGUUCAUCGUCACCAAAUUGCCCCCGCACGGUACGCGUGCUGCGACGGUGGAAAAAUUUCUCAAACGAUCACUCCACGAUCUGCAGCUUGAUUACGUCGAUCUGUACCUGGUGCAUGUUCCGUUCACCGUGCCCGAGGUGGAUGGACCCUUCCUGACCGACGGCAACGGUGAAAUCGUGCUGGAAACAACGACGGACCAUGUCGGUUUGUGGAAGGCCAUGGAAGCGGUCGCGGAUGCCGGUCUUGCACGCAGCAUAGGCCUAUCGAAUUUCAACCAGCGGCAAAUACAGAGAGUGCUUGAUAAUUGCCGAAUUAAGCCGGCCAACUUGCAGAUCGAGAACCACAUCUAUCUGCAGCAGAAUGGGCUGGUAAAGUUUUGCAAAGCGAACGGUAUCACCGUGACCGCGUAUUCGCCCCUCGGUUCGAAAGGGAUUGAGAAGCUACUGAACCGUGAAGUUCCCGACUUGCUGGACAACCCGGUGGUGACGGAGGUCGCCCAACGGCACGGUAAAACUAGCGCGCAGAUUCUACUGCGCCAUCUGUUGCAGCGCGGUAUUGCCACCAUCCCGAAAAGCACGAAUGCGAACCGUUUGCGCCAAAACAUUGCACUGUUCGAUUACGAACUGUCCGACGACGAUAUGGCGCAGCUGAAUGGAUUGGAUCAAAAUGUGCGCAUAUGUGACUUUGGGUUCUUUCCCGGCAUUACCAAACAUCCGGAGUUCCCAUUUUAA